AGUAAUAAUUAAAAUAAGGUAUUGACAUGAAAAAAAAAUCCCUAAAAUUAUGGGCAACAUGAGAGAAGCUAGUAGGGUAGAAGUACUAAAAAAGCCAAAAAGUCUUCUUUAAUGCUAUUUUUAGUUGGACAAAACUACCCCAGUAUAGACUCAACUCACAAGGCACAAAUAAAUAUCCUUAUUCAUUACUUCGUGUUUACAUGAUCAAAUUGCAAUAUUUCUAAUACCCACUUUACCUCACUAUUCACUCCACAAACCCAUCAAUUAUAAUUCCAACAUGAAAACAACUCCGUUACUUUUCCUUCUAAUCAUAUUCACAAUCCAAAUACAGCAAUCUAAAUCACAACAACCAUAUGUAAACAACAACCAACUAAACUGUACUAAUGAAAUCAACACACAAGGAUUUCAAUGCAUUGGAAACAAAUCUUGCGAUUCUUACCUCACCUUUAGAUCACAUCCACCUUCUUAUUCAACGCCACCAAACAUCGCCUUCCUGCUCAACUCGAACGCUUCAGCCAUCGCACAGCUUAACAAUAUCUCCGAGUUAGACCCUAUACCCGCUGGUCGUCUUGUGAUUGUUCCUGUACCGUGCUCCUGCACAAAAACUCGAACCAACGAGACAUAUUUUCAGCAUAAUGCACGGUACAGAUUACAGGUCUUAGGUGAAACAUAUUUUUUAACAGCAAAUGAUACUUAUCAAGGGUUAACUACUUGCCAAGCUAUGAUGGCUCAGAACAAUUUUAGCAUGACUAAUCUGAACCCUGGUGAUCAGCUUUUGGUGCCCCUUUGGUGUGCCUGUCCAUCUAAUCAGCAGCUUAAAAAAGGGUAUAAGUAUUUAGUGUCAUAUCUUGUUACAUGGGGUGAUGAUGUUUCUAAGAUCGCUCAUAUGUUUGGGGUACAAGUACAGAGUAUUUUGGAGGCUAAUGAGCUUAGAGUUGAUGAUGUUAUCUUCCCUUUUACACCCAUUUUAGUGCCCUUAAAAUCUAUUUCUACUAUAAAACUGCCCUCAUCCCCCCAUCCUCCACCAUCCGCACCUGAUCUUCCCCCUAUUAGUCCUGAUACGACUAAUCAUAGUUCGACUUCUAAUAAAGGGGUGAUAAUUGGAAUUGGAAUUGGAGUCGGGAUUUUGGUGAUUGUUUCGGUCUCAUUCUUAGUUUGGUUCUUCCUAGUUCGGACUUCCAAGAGGAAGCAGCAGUUUUCGACCUAUAAGGCUGAAGAGAAAUUUGUCAAAGAUCCUGAAUCAUCAUCAGUUUUCACACCCUUACCAACAUCUUUUACUAGUAGUUCUCAGAAUACUAAUACUAAUACGAAUAAUACUACGACUACCAAAUCAUCGGUUGAUUUGGAUGGUUUGAAGCUUGCAAUUGAGUCAUUGACAAUAUACAAAUAUAGGGAGAUCGAGAAAGCAACCGGGAAAUUUAGUGAUGGGAAUAAGAUUACAGGGUCUAUGUAUAAAGGUAAUUUCAAUGGUGAUGAAGCUGCUAUAAAGAUCCUGAAAGGUAAUGUUCCUAGUGAUGAGAUUAACAUUUUGAAAAAUAUUAAUCACUCCAACAUAAUUCGAUUAUCCGGGUAUUGCAUCCAUGACGGAAAUACUUGCUUGGUUUUCGAGUAUGCUGAGAAAGGUUCCCUCGAUAACUGGCUAUUUCGUCCUCGGAAACAGAAACACCUACAUGAAGAUGACUCACUCUCUCAACCUGUUUUAACUUGGAAACAAAGAGUUCAAAUUGCUUGUAAUAUAGCUGAUGCACUAAAUUACCUACAUAGCUAUAUUCACCCUCCUUACAUCCACAAGAAUUUGAAAAUUAGCAAUGUAGUCCUAGACAGCAACUUUCGAGCUAAGAUCACAAAUUUCGGGUUAGCAAGAACUAUCCAAGACCAAAGCGAAAAUGGGGUAUUACAUUUAACCAAACAUGUAGUCGGUACACACGGUUACUUAGCCCCCGAGUACAUAGAAAAUGGGGCGGUAACGACAAAAUUAGAUGUGUUUGCUUUUGGGGUUUUGAUUUUGGAACUCAUAUCAGGAAAACCUGCUGUCAAACCAUCAGGAACACCCAAUGGAGGGGCAGAUGAUUUGUUGUUUAUAGCGAUCAGGAAAGUGUUCGAGGGGGAAAAUGUGAGGGAGAAAUUGAUGGAAUUCAUGGAUUCUAAUCUAGGAAGGGAAUACCCAUUGGAUUUGGCAUACACAAUGGCUCAAUUAGGUUAUAAAUGUGUGGAUCCAAAUAUGAAUGCUAGACCUUCUAUGACAGAAGUUUCAAUGACUCUGACAAAGAUUUACAGUUCAUCAUUAGAUUGGGAUCCUUCAGAUGAACUAGCGAAUUCAUCUUCACGAAGCUAUACCAGAUAAUUCAUCUAUCAGAAUCUGCACAAUUUCAAAUAUCAAAUAUUCAAUUAGUAAUAUGCCAUUCAUUCCAAAUUUGUGUAGAAAGUAAUUCAAUGUAAUUGUAGGGUGUAAAAACUACUAUUAUUGGCAAAAUUUUCAACUUUUAUUUGCUUGAAUUUCUUGAUAAUAAUACUAAAUUCUACACGGAAAAGUUUGCUUUAUUGUUUCGUUCAUUGCAAAUUAGUGAGGAAUUUCAGAGAAA